AUGCCGAAAGUCGAGAUUGCAAAGCGCGUCCAGGGGAUGCAAGAUAACGUGUGGACACAGUUCGCGGAGUUUUCGAAGGAGACUGGUGCUGUAAACCUGGCACAUGGAUUUCCCAAUUUUCCACCACCGGAUUUUAUUGUCAAAGCACUAAAGUGUACUGAAUCCAAAAGUCAGCUUCACCAAUACACUCGUGGAUUUGGUCACCCUCGCCUCGUCGAAGCGCUUGCGAAGAUGUAUUCUCGCCUUACGCGACGCCACAUCAAUCCGCAAGAAGAAGUGCUCGUCACGGCAGGAGCCUACGAAGCACUGUUCACCGCCUUCCAGGGUCUUGUCAAUCCCGGUGACGAGGUGAUCAUCAUCGAGCCCUUCUUCGAAUGUUACGAGCCCAUGACGCUGAUGGCCGGAGGAGUUCCCGUCUUCAUUCCACUUCGUCCCAAAAGGCAUGGACUAAUUUCCAGCGCAGACUGGUUGCUGGACAGAGAUGAGUUGACAUCGAAGUUCAAUUCUAGAACGAAAAUGAUUGUUGUCAACACACCCCACAAUCCAACCGGAAAGGUUUUCUCCAGGGAAGAACUCGAAAUGAUCGCACAUCUCUGUAGGAAACACAAUGUCAUCUGUCUCAUAGAUGAGGUUUAUGAAUGGAUAGUCUAUGAAGGCGCCAAACACAUCAGGAUGAACACUCUCCCUGGUAUGUGGGAAAGGACUAUAACUAUUGGAAGUGCUGGAAAGAGCUUCAGCGUCACUGGCUGGAAGAUCGGCUGGGCCUACGGUCCACGACAUCUGCUCAGAGGUCUGCAGCUUGUUCACCAAACCUGCGUCUACGCUCUCAGUACCCUCCUUCAGGAGGCGAUUGCAGUGAGCCUGGAGAAAGUGAUGGAGCGCGACACCGAGUCCGCGAGCUACUGGUGCGACCUGUCUCGUACUCUUCAGCGGAAGCGGGAUUUCAUGUGCGCCUCUCUCAGUGCUGUUGGAUUGGUGCCCACAGUGCCCCAGGCCGGAUACUUCCUUGUCUGCAACUUCUCCUCGCUCGCACCCAAGAUCAACCUGGAAGGCAGGGAAACUAAGGACUACUUGUUCGCGAGGUGGCUGUGUAAGACAAAAAAACUUUUGGGCAUCCCUCCAGGCGCCUUCUACAGCGUGAACAGCAAGCAUCUUGCUCAAUAUCUGAUACGGUUCUGCUUUGCCAAGGACGACUCUACUCUUCAGAAGGCUGCAGAUAUUCUGAUGGAGCUGAAGACUUUGUGAUUAGUCCAGUAAGAAGUUGGUGGCGUUUAUUUAACGAAAUUAAUGAAGGGGGAGAGGGUGGAAAUUUGAUGCGAGGGAUGAAUAAAUAUUGUCUUGCCCUUGUUC